AUGCUCUCAACCAUUCGCUCUACUGCAUUACGGAUAUGGCUGUUCACGUUGGCUUUUUCAUCCAUUCACGUUACUUUGGCCGUCGAGGAAGAGAAUGACACCAAUAUUGACGUCAAAUCACCAGCAUUUUGGGGGCAAAUUGUAGCCAUCAUUGCUCUUGUAAUCUGCAGUGGUAUAGUUGCAGGUUUGACGCUGGGUUUGAUGUCCCAAGACACGACCAAUUUGUCCAUCCUUGCUGCAGCUGGAACGCCCAAGCAAAGAAAACAUGCAUCUCGUAUCAUGCCUAUCAGAAAAAAUGGCCACCUUGUGUUGACCACACUACUACUCACAAAUACGGUUUUGAAUGAGACAUUGCCUGUAUUGUUUGAUGGCCUUUUCGGCAAAGGUUAUAUUGCCGUGGUUGGUUCCACUGUGCUCAUUGUCAUCUUUUCUGAGAUCCUACCACAAGCCAUUUGUUCACGGCAUGGCCUUGCAGUGGGAGCCUUUUUCGCCAUACCGGUUCGCAUCUUGAUGCUGAUAUGGUUUAUUAUUGCAUGGCCUAUAGCCAAGCUACUUGAUCUUUUGCUUGGAAAACAUCAAGGCUUUAUGUACGGCGUUUCAGAGCUUGCUGAACUCAUCCAUUUGCAUAGCAAAGAUAGCGAUGCUCAUGGCCCAUUAGAAAACGACACCGUGGAGAUCCUUCGAAACACCUUACAGCUAUCUGAGAAAACAGCAAGCGACAUUGUUGACUCCUCUCGACAACGAUACAUGCUUCACGAAGAUACCCAACUCGACAUGGAGACAAUGAACGACAUUUUGAAAAAUGGAUGCACAGCCGUACCAAUAUACAAUGAUGUCCCUGAUUGCAAAAAGCCAUCGAUCAUUGGCGUACUUCAUACCAAGUCAUUGACGGCUCUAAACGUGAAAGACAAGACGCCUUUGAGUAAAUUGAACCUUGAAAGUAUUUUGUAUGUGCCGUCAAGUACUCCAGCCAUGGCGCUCUUACGCAUGCUGCAAAAUGAAACAAGCCAAAUGGCGGUGGUUUAUCAACCAUGUCAAUGUACCGCAUCAUCGGCAUCUUCUACACAAGAACGUCCUCAAUCAUCAAGAUCAUCAUCAUCUUCCUCCUCCUCCUCCUCUUCACACCAAGAUGCCCACACAUUUCGUCAUUAUCCAUCAUCCUGCGAGAACGUUUCCGAGCUGCCGAGCCCUGAUGCAAUACUAGCUCUUGUCACGUUACAAGAUGUGCUUGCCAAGAUCAUGACAAAUCCAACAAAGGAUGACGGCACAUUUUGCGGUGUCUUGGUUCAUUGCCCAUAUUCGGAAAGCAGCAGCAUUGAAAAUAGAAGACCCAAUAACACAAGCAUGGAUACUGUGUGGAUGAGCCAACAACGCAUUAGCAAUCGUACAAGCAGUAGUAGUACCGUUGUAUGA